AAAAAUGAAUACAGUAAAUUGGAUGAUAUGCUUAUGUAUUGUUAAAAUCUGUGAUUGUUACGUUAAUGUUGCGUUACAAAAGCCAGCUUACCAACAGUGUCCCUAUAUAAUAGACAAUGAGACAUUUGACGCCAGUAAUGCCGUAGAUGGACGUAAAUCAAACAUGGCCUGGGAUGGAGGUCAAUGUGCGCAUUCCGCUGAGAAGAAAGAAACCGCCACCUGGUGGGUAAACCUGACCAGAAUCCACAGCAUACAUCACAUCACCAUCUACUUCAUGACAAACAAUAUGAGAUGGGGUCCAUUUGCUUAUUUCCCACCGUUCUUUCUAGGAUUCUCGUUGUAUGUCUCCAAUACGACAAAUGAUUACCAAUUUCACGGAAAGCUGUGUUUUAAGGACAACAACUUUACAACCAGCACCAUACCUGCUGUCGUAAACAUAUCUUGUCCUUUACAUGGACAAUACGUUAUAUACUAUAACGAAAGAUUAGAAAGCGUUUCCUACCCGAGGGAAUACUCUUUUUAUGCCAAUAACAACCUAUGCGAGGUCGAGGUGUAUGGUUGCAACGAAGAUGGAUUUUACGGUUAUAAUUGCUCCAUUCCUUGUCCUGACGUCAACUGUCAAUAUUGUCACUUAGAAACGGGCACCUGUCAUGGGUGUAAACCUGGGUAUCAGGGGGAUAGGUGUUUAUCAGUUUGCCCACAGGGAUUCUUCGGAGAAGGAUGUACCAACAAAUGUGAAGACAACUGCAACGGUUGUAACAAUGUGAAUGGUCUCUGUGUUUUCGGGUGUUUACCAGGAUGGAAUGGAAAAUGGUGUCGACAAACGUGUAAGAAUGGAUCAUAUGGUGUUCAUUGCAAUGAAACCUGUGGACAUUGCCGCAACACACAGGGAUGUUUUCACAUUGAUGGAUCAUGUCUAAAUGGAUGUGCAGCUAGUUAUAAUGGGUCAAUGUGUAAAUCAAUUUGCCCAGACGGAUUUUAUGGACAAGACUGUUCUCACAAAUGCCACCAUACGUGCAAUGGUUGUAACGUUGUUAAUGGUUUAUGCGAUUCUGGAUGCAAACAAGGCUGGAAAGGAGAUUACUGCCGCGACGCUUGUGAGUACGGAUUGUAUGGAGUCGAUUGCAAAGAAAUAUGUGGACAAUGUCGUGAUAUAGACCAGUGCUUCCACACUAAUGGAACAUGCUUAACUGGGUGUGUUGCUGGAUACCAGGGACGAUCUUGCAAAACUCCUUGUGACGAACAUUUCUUUGGAAUCAAUUGUUCACAAAAGUGUGAUAAAAGUUGUGUCAACAAGACGUGUCUUCACGAGACUGGGGAAUGUCAAAGCCCUCAUAAGAAUUUCUCUUUUGUUGGUGGAAGUAUUGCUGCCAUUGCUAUUACCUUUCUUGUUGGUAUUGUUAUAUACAGAGCUCGUUAUAAAACUUGCAAACAGGAAAUAACCAGGUCUAUGGAAGAUGGAACAUCAGUUACAAUAAAUUUAUACAGUUUGUCAAGCACUUUGCCAUUGGGAUUACCUGAUAUUUGUGAAAAUGUAGAAGAAAAUGAAAUCAAAAUAACAUCUACGAAAAUGUCAAAAAAUCCUUGUAAAAUAUCAGAAAAGGUGAGUAAUUGUAAAGAGUUCGAAAAUGAAAAUGACGAUGAAAACAAUGAAGAGGGAAAUUCACAUGGAGAUCUUCAUAUCAAUGGAGAACGCCUGAUUCCGGAUAUUGCUGUGAACAACUUAGGGACAAUCAUACAGGAAUACUCUGAUAAUGAUGACGAUGGCUUUAAGAAGGAAUAUGAGACAUUGUUUUAUGAAGAAACAUACUCGUGUGAUAUUGCAAAACUUCCUGCGAAUAUUACCAAGAACAGAUUUAAAACAGUUCUUCCUUAUGACCACUCAAGGGUUAUUCUGGUCAAUAAAGAUUCAGACUACAUCAACGCUAAUUAUAUAGAUGUAUUUGGACAAGAAAAAGUAUAUAUUGCAACACAAGGACCUAGACAAAACACGGUCGAAGAGUUUUGGUUAAUGGUCUGGCAAGAAAACGUUUCUCAAAUCGUCAUGUUAACUAACGUAACGGAAGGAAAGAAGGCUAAGUGUGUCCAGUACUGGCCAGACUUAGAAGAAGACUUUAAUUGUGACGUCUUCACAAUAAGCAAUACUCAUCAAAGGCAGUAUGCAAAUUACGUUAUCCGUAAGAUGAAAAUAUGGCACAGAAAGCGAAAUGAAAGUAGAAAUAUCACACAGUACCAAUACACCUCCUGGCCGGAUCAUGGCGUACCGGAUCCACUUAAUCUUUUAUUAUUCAAAAACCACGUGACAAGAUCAAAAUGUGUAACACAUGGCGGUCCUACUUUAGUUCAUUGCAGUGCAGGAAUUGGACGUUCAGGAACGUACAUAGCAGUCGAUGCCCUGCUCAGAGAAGGACAAAAGAAUUCCAAAAUCAACAUUGCCGAAUGCGUGAAAAAAAUAAGAGAAAAUAGAAUGAAUAUGGUCCAGACUUACGAACAAUACAAGACAAUUUACCAGACUCUGCACUUAAUGUUUAUGUCACCUUCCACCGUUCAAAGUGAGACAGAAUUCCUUAAAAAACUACAUACUGAGAACACCGAAAACCCAACAAGUGGAUUAUCGUUGAGAAAAGAGUUUGAGAAACUUCAAUCAAUUCGUCCUCGAUAUUCAGAAGGAGAUUACACAAUAGCGACGCAGUAUGGAGAGUUAUCGCCCAUCCGCCCUCUUGACAAUUACAUCAUAUACCUUACAACCAAUGUUCCAAAACGUGAAAACUACAUCAAUGCAAUAACACUACCUUCAUUUACAAACCGGGAUGCAUUUAUCAUUACCCAUUGCCCGACACCAGGAAACACCAUAGACUUCCAGCGGCUGAUCAUUGAGAGUGAAUCAGAAGUAGUUGUUUGUAUGGAACCUCUAACAAAUGCUGAAUAUGAAGACAUAUGGAUUCCAACAACAAAUAACUCCCGGACUCCUUACCCUUUAAUCGUUCAACUAAAACAGGAGGACCAUAUGGCUGGAAUUACAUGUCAUAAAGUUGAAAUAACCAAUGAACGGAUCGGUAAUAAAAUGUAUCCGAUUGAAUGGGCGGAGCCAUCGUUUAACCUAACCCCGGUCAAUUCCCAAACAGUUUCACAAAUCCUUAGUUUGGUUUUCUUUGCAAGAAACGUAGACUCAGAGCGCCCCAUUACCAUCAUUAGCAGAGAUGGAGCUGCUCUGUGUGGCGUGUACUGUGCUGUAUAUAACCUGAUACAACAACUGACAAUGGACGAGGAGAUAGACGUGUUCUCUGUGGUCAGACUCCUACAGACACGACGUCCUGAACUGUGUGAAUCCCUGGAUGAGUACAAGAUGAUCCAUGAUGCCUUAUUCAGAUUUAUAAAGUCGCGAACAAACGAACACAACUACUGCAACCAACAAAUAUGAGAUUGGUGUUUGUUAUGAAUUGAUCACUGUGGUCAUGGU